AUGAGAGUUUUAGAAGGCGAAUAUGAAUGCGUUGAAGGCACAGGGCAAGAGCAGCGCCUCCUGGGGCCCUCCGCCUCUGGCGCUCUCGGGGAAUAUGCGGGCAUCACUUGGGACACCCUCAGUGCCAUGGGUGCUACUCCAUCUGCUGCUGCACUAUCUACUAGCGGGGGCUAUGCUGCUUAUUACGAACAACAAAUUAAAAUCGCCAAGACUUUCUUCAUACACGUAGAUGCAGCAGACCCAGACGUCCAGGCUGCCCUGUCGAGUAACAGCAAAGUCUUUGCCAGCACAGAAGUCGCUAGCUACCUGACAAUCUCCACAAACAACUACAUCACCAACGCGUGGUUUACCUCUACGGGCUCUGCUGCACUGCUGAUUACCCCCCAGGUGACGCAGCUGCCAACGACUUUAAUCAACGCAGGCAAAAGCGACACAGGGGCCUGGACAGACUCCAACGGAUCAUCUAUCACCGAGGGAGUAGAUUUCAUGUGUGGGGGCCUCGACACCUUCGUGUACACUGUUGGCCUGACAGCAAGAAACGCAAGCUUCACUCCUCAAGUCUACUGCAGCAACAGCAAAUCAAAAGGCUGCGCAGGAAUUACAGAACUUAAUGAGCAGCUGAACCUUGAGAGGCCUCCCUCGGUAAUGAUGGCAGGGAUUUCGUGCCACCCCAAAGGCACAGCUUUCUCACUCGUGUUUACCGACGGGACAGUUUUGGCAAUGGGCGAGGCCACGCAGGGAGGGGAAAUGACAACUGAAGUCAAGAAUGGCCUAGGGCGGUUUGAUGCCUCGCGGAGCCAACGGGUGAAGUCCAUCGUCGCCUCUACAGGGGCAUUUGCUGUUCUGCUGCAAAACGGAAUAGUCUAUGCUUGGGGAGACACGACUGUCGGCGGGGAGCUGCCAAGCCCUGAGCCCAAUGACGCGACGAAUCUCGUAUGGCUCACCGUCCAGGAUUUAGAGUUUAGGGUGGCAGCUGAUGUAGGGUUUGCUGCCAUGACAGGAGCUGGAAGAGUAUACACUUGGGGCAAGGGUGUAGUCCUCCCCACUCGGCUGAGUUCUGGCGAGUUUCAAGGUUUGGGCUCUGCAGGGGAACUGGCCGUGUGGGGUACCAGCACCAGCUCCGCCCCUUUUUGCAACGAGGGUUUUGCUACUUCUGAAUCUGCUUCUUUCCAGUCUGUUAAGGAGAAGCUUUCAUCGGGGGUUAAGAUGGUCCGUUUCAAUGAAAAAGCAGCAGCAGCAGCUCGCCAAAAAGGCAGCAACGAAGCCUCUGCAGGAAGUUGGGAAUUAAUUGCUUGGGGGGAUUUGGAAGCUGGGGGUUCUGUGCCCAGCAGCGUGCACUCCACUGCCAAAAACGGUGUCAAAAGGUUUGGGGAAGCAGGGCUCGAGAGAGUUGGAGAGCCGCUUCCCAACACGGACCGAGGGUUUGCGGUGGCUGCAACAGGGGUUUAG